UUGGGCCUUGGGCCUUCAUGCUUGGACGUCACUUCCCUUUCCUCAACCAUUCCUCUCCACGAUUCCUUCCUCCAGAAGCAGAAGGAAGCAGCAACAGGCGCCCGGCGACAGAACCACGCCCGCAGUCUCCGGAGCGGAACAAGCUAGGAGAAGCAGCAGCAGCAGCCCCCCUGCGUCUCGCUCCCCGGCGCCUCCGAUUCUCCCUACAACACCCAGAACCACCACCCGGCCACCCAUGGCGCACUCACUCCUGACUCCCCACCCGCGGACAUGAUCCCCCACCGCCGAUGGAGGACCUGGGAUCGCCGUCCGCCGCCCCUGAUCCUCCCCCGCCCCCGCCGGAGGACGACAGGUGGGCGAUCCUGCCGGCCAGCGACGCCGAGGGCGCCUACGCGCCCAAGGUCUUCCACUGGGAGGACCUGCAGCAGGACCUCGCGCGCCUCUGGAGCCUCUCCGCCGCGCUCCAAGCCGCCAGGGACCGCAAGGCGCACCUCGCCGCGCGCCUCGAGUCCGCACUAGAGGCAAGACGAGCAUUUCUCCAUCAGGAUAAUGAGUUGGCUGAAAUGAGGCAGAGACUUCAAGAGCAUGCUGAUCAUAUGGGGGAUCUGAAGAUGGACACGAAAAAUGUGUCAGAGGAUGUUGAGGAUCAAAGGGAACAGCUUUGCGUCAAGAUCAGAACGUUGUCGGUGGCAAGCAAGACUCUUGGGGCGGCACGAAGUAAACUGGAGGAAGCUAAUAAAUUGCUGUCAGGAGAAAAUGGUCGUGGACGCCUUAAAAAUCUGGAACAGAAGUUGCUGAUGAGACAGCAACAUAUGAUAACGCAAGUUGCUCAGAUAUAUCCUGUAAAGCCUUUGGAUGAACAGUCUCCAGAUCACAAGCCCAGCUUAACUUCCAACAUCAUCAAAACAAGCAAUGCUGAAUCAAUGUCGCCAAAUGGCUCCCAAAACAGACCUUUGGCCAUAUUGGGUCUACAGUUAUCAAAGCUUUCUGUGAAAAAGGCCAGCUACUUCAGUGACAAGACAGAGUUUCAGAAAUCUACUACUGUUUUGGGAUAUGCUGCACAUGCAGUCUCCCUCAUUGCAUCAUAUCUCAAUGUUCCUCUUCGAUAUCCUUUGCGCUUUGGAGGUUCACAGUCAUAUGUUCUCGAUCAUGCGCCUUCAGUUGAGCCAUCAUCUAUAACCUCAGUAUUAAGUUCUGUCCCUCGGAACACAAGCAUGAGGACAAUGGAAUUCCCUCUGUUUUUUGAUGCCCAGGAGACAACAAGAUCAGCCUAUGCAAUGUUCUUGUUGAACAAGGAUAUUGAACAACUUCUGAAUUACAUUGGUGCUGAAAGUCUUGGGCCGAGACAUGUAUUAGCUAACCUCAAGCAGCUGACAACGAUCAUCCAGUCACAACAAUACAUUUCUAUUGAUUAGUUUGACCCCAGAUACAAUUUUGGAGUUCUGAGUGAGUUUAGUCCAGAUGUGGGUGGUGCUAGUUUUAACAGGCACCUCUUUUUUUCCUUAUGACAUAGAAGAGUCAAAUUGUUUCUCUGUUCUGAUACAUUCAUGUAAAUGAGUAAAUCAACAUGGUGUAAAUUGUUCUCACUUCCAGGUGUACAGGAAAGAUGUGGGUGAUAACUGAGAUAUUAGCGGCAAGUAUAGCUGCUUGUUCCGGCCAGACUUGCUGGGUGUUUCAGUGUGUUUCGUAUUAGUAAUGUAAACUUGGUAACUUUUGGCCGACUAGCUAGCGAUCUUUCUUGUACC